CCUUUCGAAUUGUUUUCUCCGUCAGGGAUACUGCCAAACGGAAGAGCUAUAUGCCAUUGUCGAACCUCUCGCGGUUUGCUUCGCCGGCGAUCUCUCUCUGCCGUCGUUCUCCAUCGUAUCAGAAGCCUUCGCAUCUCUCUUUCUCCCUCGCCGCCGCAGCAAUGGAUUGUGAUGCUUCGUGUAGCUUGAUUUUGUGCGGGAAAUCAACUGCUGAAGCUGAAACAGCAGCGCGUUUGAAGAGCAGUAAUGCACUCAAUUUGCCGGAUAACAUCGAAACUUCAGUUUUCUUGCAAUCUGAGAUGGAGAAUCAAUUGAGAGAUGAAUCCUUCAAUGUUCUGUUGUUCAUGAACUCACUCUCAACAGCUCGGUUUGGAUGGUUUCUUGUUUGGUCUCCAAGAUUGUCUUCCACUCAUGAUGUUGUUUCUCACAACUUCUGUGAGCUUCCAAUUGGUUCAGCUUGUGUUGCAGAUGUCCAGUUUAAAGGUCGAGGCAGAACAAAGAAUGUCUGGGAAUCUCCAAGAGGUUGCCUUAUGUAUUCUUUUACAUUACAAAUGGAAGACGGUCGGGUUGUGCCUCUGAUACAGUAUGUGGUAUCUCUUGCUGUAACGGAAGCGGUGAAAGACGUGUGUGACAGAAAUGGCUUACCAUACAUCGAUGUUAAAAUAAAGUGGCCAAAUGAUCUCUACUUGAAUGGCCUUAAGGUCGGAGGCAUUUUGUGUACCUCCACAUACCGAUCAAAGAAGUUCCAUGUUAGUGCCGGUGUGGGUUUGAAUGUGGACAAUGAACAACCAACUACAUGUUUAAACGCAGUAUUGAAAGACAUGUCUGCCAUUUCAAGCCCGCUUAGAAGAGAAGAAAUUUUAGCUGCUUUCUUUAAUAAGUUUGAAAAGCUCUUUGAUCUAUUCAUAGACCAAGGAUUUAAGUCUCUCGAGGAGCUUUACUACAGGACGUGGCUGCACAGUGGGCAACGAGUGAUUGUUCAAGAAAAAAAUGGAGAUCAAAUUGUUGAGAAUGUCGUGACUAUCCAGGGUCUGACAUCUUCAGGAUAUUUGCUAGCUACAGGAGAUGACAAUCAAAUGUACGAGCUUCACCCUGACGGCAAUAGCUUUGACUUCUUCAAAGGCCUGGUCCGGAGAAAACUGUGAACUUAAGAAGAUUUCUUGGCAUCUUCAGAUUGAGGCAAACGCCGUACUACAACACCACACCCGCACAAAACUAGUACUUCUUUCUCCUCUAAAACAUGAAUGAAUUGCCUUAGUAUCUCAUGUUUCUGUUAAUUUAUGACAAAUGAUGUCGACCUUAGAACAGGAUGGUGUUGGUUGUUCGUACACUUGUACAUCAACCGACUGGAAAUAUCUGUCCUCAAGUGCUUAUGUUGCGUCAUAUACAGCACAACCUCUCGAGAUCAUAAGGAUUUUUUUUUUCUUUCAUUCUGAAAACUGGGUAUAUCAUUCAAGAUCGAUUGCUUAAAAUUAUACAUCAUUGUUGACUUUGGCUCCUUUACCCUCGGUGGGUUCACUGAGAUCCACAUUUUAAGUUCACUUUGUUCUUUUUUUUUUGGGUAGAACACCAUCAUGUUUGUGACUUUGCCCCACUGUUAUAAGUAAGGCGAUAACUUCAGCGUUUUAA